AUGGCUUGGGUUAUGGUGCACGGGGGCGACGUGCCGACGGCGUUCUUACCUCGAUUUGCGCCGGAAGAAUUUCCAAUCGCCGCGCCGCUGGUACCGCGCCAGCCGAACUCCUCGGACUGCGCGCUUUUCGUGUUGCAGAACAUGGAGACUCUUCUGCGGAAUCGUUCUCUCAUAGAGAAGUUGCGUAUUGACCUCGACGGACUCGAUUUGUACGAUCCGUCGGUGGCUGUUGACAAGCGGCGCGAGCUGCGCGCUCUCGUCUUCUCCCUCGUUGGGCACGCAGACCCCGCCGCUCCUUCUGUUCCUGAAGGUUGCGUCAACUCUUCAGUUGUCACGCUCUCCCCGAGCCGCCGUCGUGUUGUUCCUGUCCCGGCCGACGGCGGAGAUGCUCGAGCGGGUCAACAUGGUCAACAUGAUUCCGCCAAUGCCUCGUCGACCCUAGUCCAUCAGCGGCCGCUGCAGCAGCAGCCAAACAGCAUCUGCGUUGCAAGACCCACGGACUCAGCCGCGACUACACGAGGAACCAUGUCAAGCUCCAAACCGAUUCUGGGCCAUGGCAUUAACGCUCCUCUAGUUGAGUCGAGGCCAUCCUCCCCUCCACGAAAGCGGAGAAAGUUCACAACGCCGUUCCGCAAGGUGUAA